AUGGCGGCCCCCAGCUCCCCGGUGCUCUUUACGGACCCGACUUCGGAGCCCUGCCGCUCUGUCCACUGGCUCUGCAAGGCCGCUGGCAUCCCCCUCCGACUUCGCGCCACGUGGCUCGGCCGUGGCCAUCACCGCCAAGAGGCCUUUCUUCGUGUGAACCCUCGGCACCAGGUGCCGGCUCUGCUCCAUGGGCAGUUUGCUUUGAGUGAGGCGCAGGCCAUCAUGCGCUACCUUUGCGAGCUGCAUGGCGUUCUGGACCCAUGGUUCGGUGAGAGCCUCGAGGAGCGGGCGCGAAUCUCCAUGCUGCUCUCCUGGCACCACCACGCGGUCCGCAAGACCGUGAUGCUGAACCACAACUUGCCAGUGUACUACAUCCCCUUCUAUGUCGGCGAGGCCAAACAUCCCCGGCCCCAAAAGGCCCAGGUGGAAGAGCUGAGAGCAAACUUCGCCGAGUCCCUGCAGCAGCUGGAGGAAUUCAUCGGGUCCGGCCACUUCCUUGUGGGAGGGCGGCUCACAGCGGCCGACAUCGCCAUUGCACCGGAUCUGACGGCCAUGGACGUCGAUCCGGAUGUGAAUGAGAUCCUGGCCGCGUUUCCGGCCGUGCGCAG